UCUGGUCAUAAUGGCGAUGCUGGGGAUUUUGGUAGCUGUUGCUGUGUUCCUGGAGACCGUCUCCGCAACCUCCCUCGGGGUGGUGUACACAGAGGGAGGUAUGGUGCAGGGCAAGAACAUUCGUCUUGGCUUCCGCCGUCACAUGGACAUCUUCAAGGGGAUUCCCUAUGCUGACAUCCCUGGAAGGUUUGAGAAACCAAAGCGUCACCCAGGCUGGGACGGUAUUCUGAAGGCCACUGAGUACAGGAAGAGAUGCCUUCAGGUGAAUCUCCUCAUGACAGACACCAGAGGCACUGAAGACUGUCUCUACCUUAACAUCUGGGUUCCUCACGGACGCUCAGUGUCCACCGAUCUGCCUGUCAUGGUCUGGAUCUAUGGGGGAGGCUUCCUGGCUGGAGGCUCGAUGGGAGCUAACUUCCUGGACAACUAUCUGUACGACGGACAGGAGAUUGCAGACAGAGGAAAUGUCAUUGUGGUGACGCUGGGAUACCGUGUGGGCUCACUGGGUUUCUUGAGCACCGGAGAGCCUGACUUACCUGGAAACUAUGGUCUUUGGGAUCAGCACAACGCCAUCGCCUGGGUGCACAGGAACAUCCGCUCAUUUGGAGGAGACCCUGACAACAUCACCGUCUUUGGAGAGUCUGCAGGUGGAGCUAGUGUCAGCUUCCAGACUCUCACUCCCCACAACAAAGGGCUGUUCAAAAGAGCCAUCUCCCAGAGCGGCGUCGCCCUGUGCCCAUGGGCUGUCAACAGGAACCCGCGCAAGUUCGCCGAGGAGGUUGCUCUGAAGGUCAACUGCCCCACCGAUAGCACCAUGGCUGCCUGUUUGAAGAUGACCGAUCCUGCGCUUCUUACAUUGGCUGGCUCUCUUCAAUUGAAAAGCUCAGCUGAUAAGCCCCUCGUUACCAACCUGCUCCUUUCUCCUGUGAUCGACGGUGACUUCCUGCCGGAUGAGCCUUACAACCUGUUCCACAACGCAGCUGAAAUCGACUACAUCGCCGGAGUCAACAACAUGGACGGACACAUCUUCACUGGUUUAGAUGUUCCUUCAAUCAACUCCCAGCUGGUGGACACCCCUAUCGAGGAUGUGAAGAGGCUCCUGGCUGCAUACACUAAGGAGCAGGGCAAGGCUGGUUUGGACAACGCUUUCUCCACAUACACCGUACCCUGGGGCUCAAACCCCAACAGAGAGACCAUCAAGAAAACCAUCGUGGAGAUCGGAACAGACUUCAUCUUCCUGGUUCCUACUCAGGCUGCCCUCUACCUUCAUGCUGCCAACGCAACAACGGGCCGCACCUACUCCUACGUCUUAUCCGAGCCCAGCCGUAUGGCCGGCCUUGUCAUGCCCUACCCCAGCUGGGUGGGAGCCGACCACGCUGAUGACCUGCAAUACAUGUUCGGAAAGCCUUUCCAAACACCACUGGGGUACAUGCCUCGCCACCGUGACCUCGCCGGUUACAUGAUUAACUACUGGACCAACUUCGCCAAAACUGGAAACCCCAACAAAGGAGAGAAUGUGCCCGCUACCUGGCCUCUAUUCACCGGUACUGGGCACCAGUACCUGGAAAUCCAUUCUAAUAUGAACAAGAACUAUGUGAAACAGAAGAUGAGAAUGCGUUACGUGCAUUUCUGGUGCAGCAUCCUCCCCAACCUUCCCUCAUCCAUCUAUGAAUAAAGACCUUGUGCAAUCACCUGUGCACCUGUACCUUACAGAGCGCCAGUAUCAAAUCAGUAUUGCUUUAUGAAAAAUAAAUAAAUUUAUGACAAAUAAAAA